AAAGAAAAAAUGGUGUAUAUACCCUUUUUGUUCAAGGGCAAUAAAUAUAAUUAGCGGCUCAAGUGAAAAUGGGUACAAAGUUGCCAACUUCCCACCGGUUCGCGCGUAUGCGGCCAUCUCUCCCGCCCAGACUUCGUCUCGCUUCUUCUGAGGGUUUAGGGUUUCUGCAUCAGAGGCAGGGAGGGAGGGAGGGAGAGGGUUAUCGGCCAUGGACGGGGCUUCGUACCAGAGGUUUCCGAGGGUGAAGAUCCGAGACAUGAAGGAUGACUAUCUGAAAUUCGAGCUCAGGGACACGGACGCGAGCAUGGCCAAUGCCCUCCGUCGUGUGAUGCUCGUGGAAGUGCCCACCAUCGCCAUCGAUCUCGUCGAGAUUGAGAGUAACUCCUCGGUUCUGAACGACGAGUUCAUUGCCCAUCGGCUCGGUCUCAUUCCCCUCACCAGUGAGCGGGCCAUGGGCAUGCGAUUUUCCAGGGACUGCGACGCUUGCGACGGAGACGGCCAAUGCGAGUACUGUUCCGUUGAGUUCCACCUCAACGUCAAGUGUACCAGCGACCAGACCCUCGACGUUACCAGCGCUGACCUCCGUAGCUCCGACGACCGCGUCGUGCCUAUUGACGUCGCCGGCCGUGGGUCCUACUCCAAUGCAUUCGAAGCCUCGGAGCAGAGGGGCAUAAUAAUUGUGAAGCUCCGUCGUGGCCAAGAACUUAGAUUGAGAGCCAUAGCAAGAAAGGGUAUUGGCAAGGACCAUGCAAAAUGGUCACCAGCUGCUACAGUGACUUUCAUGUAUGAACCAGAGAUUCAUAUCAAUGAGGAUCUAAUGGAAACUUUGUCGCUUGAAGAAAAACAAGAAUGGGUUGAAAGCUGUCCCACUCGAGUUUUUGGCAUUGACCCAAACACGCAACAGGUGGUCGUGGUUGAUGCUGAAGCAUAUACUUAUGAUGAUGAAGUGAUCAAGAAAGCAGAAGCUAUGGGAAAGUCAGGGCUUGUUGAGAUCUAUGCUAAGGAGGAUAGCUUCAUCUUCACUGUUGAAUCCACUGGUGCAAUCAAAGCAUCACAGAUGGUUAUAAAUGCAAUUGAGGUUCUCAAGCAGAAGCUUGAUGCUGUUCGUCCAUCACUGGACACAGAGGAAGCUGAUGAGCAAUUUGGGGAACUGAAUCAGCACAUGCGGGGCGGAGCAAUGUGAUAGAAUUUUUGUUAGGUAGAUGUUCGGUCAUGGCUUCAUGCUCCAUCCCUUUAUGUAAACACUAUAUUUCUUGUGUUAUCCAGAUCCUGGUCAAAAUCCUCCCUGGAGGUCAUCUGUCCGAUUAUGUCUUCCUUCUGCUAAUCUUUUCUUACUAACUCUAUUGUGUUUAUUCCUCUUGAAAAAGGAAAAAGAAAACUAUUGCUGAAUC